AUGAACCAUAAAACUGUUUUACUAUCGCUCACUUCCCUAGGUCUAGGUUUGUUAACCUACCAACACCUGUCUCUCCGAUCGCACUAUCCUAGCUUACCUGUCCCUCCUCAACUAUCGAUAUCCAAUCGCAGCUCAAAGCCAUAUAGUACGAAUCACUGGACAAAAUGUGAAGUAGGUGAUUCAUGGGCUGUGAAAGUACCUGAAUCUACCUUGAUCCGACAGCUACCAUUAGACGGUGAGGACGGGGAUAUUGGAGAGAAGUGGAAUAAGGCUUUUUGGACGACUUGGCCCCUGAGGUUGGAAGGAAUAUUGUUAGGUUCGAUCAUGAGAAUGGUCAAGCAUAGAUCGAAUGAAGAGAACGAUCAGAGGGAAGAGGUGUAUUGGAGUGAGGACGGAUAUAAGAUCAAGGUCGGACAGACUGUUGUGAAUGGUUUGUUCACGAUAGAAUCAAUCAAUCAAAUACCCCCUCAACCCCCAUCUCAGUUUACAUCCACACAAAUCACUUAUUCAUGGGGUAAUCUCUCACCCCCCUGUCCAAGCAAGUCUUCAUCGUGGAUAUCUAUCCCAAUACGAGGUGGAUAUCGCACCCUAUCCGUACUAUCCGACUCAUAUCUGAAUUCUCAGGAUCACUCGUCGAAAGCGAAUGAGUUUAGUAGCAGGAGCAAAUCGGGUGACGAUCAAUGGGUGUAUCUCAUAUUUACCGCUCACGGUAUAUCCUCGACAUCCGCAUCCACAUCCACAUCGUCGAAUGACCAACCAGGGAAGCAAGGGAUGUUCGAUAAGUUAUUUAUAGAGUUCCAUAAGACCUAUUCUAGGAUAUUGGUUCAUUUGGCCAUUAGGCAGAUGGGUUUGAGCAAUGUAGUGGAAAAGGUAGAUCGAUGGCCUUGA